AUGAGCCCUGCCGUAGAUACCAGUCAAGCUCCGUCACAGCGGAAGAUGACCGAACAUGGUAUCGCAAACGGGACCAAUGGGAGCUCGAAGGUUGAGAAACAAUCCUUGUCCAAUUCUGUCGAGGGGAAAUGCAGUCAAGCAGAGACUAUUAUGACACAGUCCAACGGCGAGGCUGAUCAAUGGCCAACCAACGGAGACGAUGGCACAAAUGGGCAACAGAAGCACGAUACAACUUCGGCACAGGACCUUGCCAAUGGAGGAUAUAAGCUGGCCAAUAUGGAACGCGAGCAGGGGCUUGGGAUUCUAGUUGAGCAUCCACCGAACAACGGAGAUAAUCUUGGCCAGUUGUCGGUGGUGGAUGUGUACGAUGGCCCCAAGGCCAUGGCUGCUUUGGCUGAUAUGUCGACCGAUCUCUCUCACCAACUACCACCAGAUAAAGAGAAGGUCAUGAAGUUAUCUCCUGUGAAGAUCCAGGAGCUCACAUCCUCCUCAGACUCAAUACCUUACCGCCCCGUGGAGUCAGAAACGAACACUGGAAGGCGAGUAGUCUCGGACAACGUCCAUGGGAAUGCAUCUCUCGCACAACCGGAGAUACCGGAGUUUGUACUUCAGUCACUGAGCGAAAAUCCAUCGCCCGCGGACGUUUUGCCAAAGUUGCGGCCCACUAAAGAGGUGUUAUUGGGAGAUGCUUCUGCACCCGCGAGUCCAGCCUUCCCACGAAAUACUCAAAAUUCCUCCCUCAGAAAUCGGCCGCAGGCAGCUCGAACUGUUUCCACCCCUGGUUACAUGCGGCGUCAAUUGCCCAUCACUCCAGGCAAUGACCGUCUAACCCAGACAUGGGCAUCGCGCUCGAGACAGGACCGACCUGCGCUGGACCGCGAGUUGAAGAGCCACCUUAUUGCAUCACCUCAGAUUAUAGAAUCGCCUAAUUCUUCACCCUUGCCAUCAUCUAUCCCCUUGCCGCCAGUUUCUCUGCCAACCUAUCUUCAGCUUGAGCUUGCGUCUGGUCGACCUUCACCACUGUACAUUCACUGUGACGCAGCUAAUGACUUUCCUUAUGAAUCAUCACGAGUGAAGAUCGAGAGACUCAUGAACUUCAUUAUGCUUGCACCUAUGCUUGAGCAGGUACUUUGCUUUGGGAGUCUUGCUUGCCUUGAUGCAUGGCUUUACUCUUUCACGAUAAUGCCACUGCGGUUUAUUAAAGCUGUUUAUAUCUUGGGAGGGUCAUGGGUGAUGAAUCUAGGAGCUGAGAUCCGGUUCAUUUGGAAGUUUGUGAUGAAUGGGAUUGGUCGAGUAUGGCGCAGGAGGAAUCAUAUUGUGAAGGAGGAGCAGCGUGGAAGACGCGAAAGCGAAUCUGACGCAACUCCUCACCUGCCUCAGGGCUCCUCUGCGGGGCCAGACAUGGGUCCAAGAAGGAAACAUCGACCCUCCGAAUCCCGCAAACACCACCAUCGGCGGAAGAAGUCGAUGCCCUCAGCGCUACUUCCAGACGACAAAGCGGACAUCCUAACAGGCCUGCUGAUGAUAGCCACAUGCUGUGUUUUGAUGUACUUUGAUGCAAGUCGAAUGUACCACUGGAUUCGUGGACAGGCUGCUAUCAAGUUAUACGUUAUCUACAAUGUGCUGGAGGUUAGCGACAGGCUCUUGGCUGCCAUUGGUCAAGAUGUCCUUGAGUGUCUCUUCUCGCGGGAGGCUCUUGAACGUCGUCCGGACGGCCGAAGCAAGAUCAUUCGUCCAUUCUGGUUGUUCCUGGUAGCACUGGUUUACACAGUAUCCCAUGCAUUGUCUCUAUUCUAUCAGGUCAUGACUCUAAACGUGGCAGUUAACUCAUACUCCAACGCACUGAUUACGCUGCUUCUAUCGAACCAGUUCGUGGAGAUCAAAUCUACCGUCUUCCGCAAGUUCGAAAAAGAAAACCUCUUCCAGCUUACCUGUGCGGACGUCGUGGAACGGUUCCAGCUGUGGCUGAUGCUUACCAUCAUUGCUUCGCGUAACAUUGUGGAGACAGGCGCAUUCAACUUUGUCGGCAACCUCGGGCUGGGCUCUAGCUUCCCAGGCCAGUCCUCCACAAUCACCAACAGCACACCGCUAUCCACGCCUCCACGCACUGCAUCAUCCAUCCUACCCCAAGCAUUCACCCUCUUCCCAUCCUCAAUCCUAUCAUCCUUCAACAGUGUCAACUCUUUCAUCCCAACCUUAGCUCAAGUCCUCGGCCCAUUCCUAGUCGUACUAGGCUCCGAAAUGCUAGUAGACUGGCUCAAACACGCUUACAUCAACAAAUUCAACAACAACCGUCCAGCAAUCUACGGCCGCUUCCUAGACGUCCUAGCAAAGGACUACUACACAAACGCUUUCGGUGAACAGAACUUAACCCGUCGCAUCGGUCUACCCGUCAUCCCUCUCUCCUGUCUCUUCUUCAGGGUCUCCGUCCAAACAUACCAAAUGUUCCUAGCAGCCCUCAUCCCCCAACACCCAUCUUCAACAGCAAACGGAGCAACCUCCCUAACCUCAAUCCACAACCACUACGCCCCCUCCCCGAUUCCUUCAGCUCCACCUUUAACACUCGCAACCAUCCUCCCCGCGUCCGCGGCCCACGUCAGCGCGUUCUUCCGAACCGUCCUCGAAAACGCAAUCCCGUCUCCAGCACAGUCCGUCCAUAUCUUCACCGGUAUCCUGUUAUUGACUGGAUUCAUCGUCCUGCUCAUUCUGAAACUCCUGCUGGGCAUGGCCCUGCUCGCGUUUGCACGCUCCCGAUAUAGGAAGAUGAAGGCUCGGGAGAGCGAGCGCAGACAGUCCUCAAAUAACCAGUCCGGUACUGAGAGUGGGGCGCCUCGUUCUCGGGAUUUCCAUGUUGAGGGUAGUCAGCGUGUUGGUGGGUGGGGUGUCGUUGAGGUUGGGGAUGAGAAGCGGAAAUUGAUCUAUGCUGAUGAUCCGGAUGGGUUGCGACGGGUCAAGGAGAAGGAGGAGAAAGAUAAGAGUAAGGAUGGGGAGUUUAAUGUUGAUCAUGUGCAGCGGUACGAGAUGAUCGCUAAGAAGAUUUGGUGA